AUGAUUCCACCCGAACUGAACGAAGAUUCAGAAGAGUUUAGAGCCGCGCUACAAGCGGCCUCCAUUCAGUGUGCCAACAAGUGUUAUCAGGGCCAGAUCAAUGUAGCCAAAGAUACUGUAAGUUUUCCUUGUUUUUGUUGUAAAAAUCUGAUUAUUCCGCAAUAAUAUGCCAUUUUUGAGUAAUAAUAUGCGUUUACGUUAUGAUUUGGUGUCAUUUUUGAUUUUUUUGGUGGUAAAAUGCAUUUUCUUAUAGUUUAAGUCAAUAUUCAACAGUAAUUUUAACUUAGUUAAUAUGAGACAGCGAUUAUUUGAUAGUAAGUGUUUAUGUCAUGUUGUUUUUGAUAGUGAUAUGAUUGUUUGAUGUGAUUAGAAGCAAGUGUAAGAUUCGUUUACAAGUGGCUGAUAACCAGGUUGGCGUCGAAACGAUUGUCUUGAAUUAAGCGCCAAUACAGGAUUAUUAAUGGCGCGUAUGCAAAUGUCGCGCCAUUCGAGAGCUCGGGAGCGAUAUUAGAUAACCACAGUUUAAGACACAGUUGAAUGUAAUUUUAAACACUUUAAACUAAAUAUUACAAAAACAACAUGAUGACAUUAAAAGUUGGUUUUUACGACAUUUUCAAUGAUGACAUUUUCAGAAAAGUUUCAAAAAACCUCAGUUCGUCGUUUGCUCAAUCAGAACGCUGGAGAUCCACGGGCCCAGCAAGAAGGGGUUCAAGCUGUCCAAGACAGAAUGGAUGAAGCAGAUGAUCGACCUUCUCAACGUAUACAGCCUCACCAUCAAGGAACACCCCAAGCUACCGGCUUGCAUCGUGUUGGUGACUCCAGAUCAGACCGUCUACUUGAGGGCGGCCGACCGGAAUGCCACUUUACUGUGGUAUGCCAUCAUCUUCAACAGCGUCUACACUUGCCGGUCAUUUAAUCCCGAGAAGUCGAUGCCCAGAGACCACUUUCCAGGUAUUGUUCGAUGACAUUUAAUGGCUUUGUAUUGAUGACGUUUCUUUUCUGUGUCUUUAUGGCCGUGUUGUGCUUGUGAAUGAAAUUAUAGUACGUUGAAAUGUAGUACGAUGUUGUUGUUAAUAGCUCGGUGCUUGUUAGUGGCAGUAUCGUGCUUGUUUUGACUGUCAUUCUUGUUUUUUGCUCUUAAAGGGGGAACAUUUCGUAAUUGUAUGUUUGUUGUAGGCUCAACUUAAAUGUAAUUACCGUUACUAUGGUUAUUUUCUAUUUAAUAAGUGUUGAUAACGGCCAUAAAGACACGGAACGCCCCCGGUGUUUUGGACUAAUUAGUAAUUGUAUUUCAUCGCCUGUUUUUGUUAUGAAAGUUUGCAAAUUACUGAACAAACAAACACGUUACAGAAUACACAUGGGACAUGAAGGUGCUCGCCAGCUCCAAAUACAGUAUCGCCCAUUACAGUAACAGCAACAACAUCACCGACAAGGAGCCCGAGCUCGCCGGCCGAAAACGGGUAUGCCUCUACCGCAACUCGGUAGCCUUCGUGCAUCUGAACGAAGAACCCAUGGACAUCUACGACUUUGUCGACUGGAACGUGCAGUACGUGAACAGGCCGCAGUACUACUUAAUUUCAGUAAGUACAGGCACAAAAAAGGUGUGAAAGAUUAGAAAAUACAUAAGUACAAAUCCCACAAUUCACGCACAUAUUAACAUUCCAUAAACUUUUCGACCAGCAAAUUUGAAGUUAAGAUCUUGUUAUUAUGUUUGAAGGAUUACUUUGCACACUCCUGAUUAAGCCAUUAGGUCGGAUUAAGUACAUCUUUAAAUGCUUUAAGCAAUUUUCCGUUAGAAUAUCUACUCUUGCACGCCACAUGUUUACAUUCAUUUACGUGUUUACAUGUUCUACAUACUUAAUACCACCCAUUUCACAACCCGUAUUUCAUAAAGCCAUUUCAGAGGAAUAACAUAACCUACUACGGCAAUCGCAACAAGCACUUUAUCUUCUGUAUCCGCGAAAUGAACGGAGAGAAGGCCAAGGAAGUGGUGGUCGAAGCCGGAUCCGAGCGAGAUGCCGAAGAGAUCAAGCUGGCGUUGGAGGAGCUGAUCCAGCGCGAAUCCAAGCUGAUCGGACUCAUCAAUCCCAAGAAAUCGUAUGUUUUUGUGUUAGCUAAUCGUUGAUGUUUAAAACCAAUGAUCACACCUUUUCUGACAUUUUACUUGGUCCUAUUGGACCAUGUUACCUUUUAUCUCCGAACCACAAGCUCGAAGAUAAAGGGCGACAUCAAAUCAAUGCUCUUGUAUACGAGUCUUCAGAACAAAAGUUUAACGAUUUUAAUACCGAAAAAGGUCACAGAACAAGGUUUUCCACAUCAUAACCUUUGUUUUGAUACUGCUAGUUGUUUGUGGCGCUAAUCAGUUUGUUUCAGCUUUUAUGAGUCAGUUAUUCCACCGGAAAACGGUGUACAUCACAGCGAGAGAGCGUCCACAUCACAAUCAGCUAGUCUGCCGCGUGAUCAACUCGAUGAUGAAAUGAGGAAUAAACAACGCAAAACCAAGAAAUCGGAUUAUCGGUUUCGAGAGUAAGUUUCCUUCAAAAACAUGGUAGAACUUGUUAUUUAAACGUUUGAGUACUUUGGUCACAUUGCCUGUUUUGGGACAAAAGAUUAAUCUUCUUGCAACACAUCAUCUUACAUAAACAAUGUAGUAUACUGUCUUCAUCAACAACAUUCCUUAUUGAUUAUUCAUCCCUUUACAGCUUGUUCGGAUCGUUCCGCAAAAAGUUCGGAAAGGGCAAGGAUAACAACGGCUUGCUGUUCGAGAGCGGAAUGAACCCUGUUACCGAGUGGGUCGAGAACCGUGCGUCCAUUAUAUCGGGCGAGAACGGGACCGAGGAGAGCGGUGGCACCCUAAGGGCAGAGGAACAUCAAACCAAGAAGGACAAAACAAAAUACCAGAAAGGUGGGAUUUAUUUAUUGGCUAACACUUGCAUCGUAAAAGUACUGUAAACGACCUUGUUUUUGUUAUUCUAACCUUUCAAUUCUUCCAGACGGCGAGGCGCACGAAAUGACCACCUUCUUCGACACCAUGAACUCUUCCAUCAGCUCCAAAACCAGCUCCAUAGUCAGACCAAGCACCAGUAGUACCAGUGCUCUAGACUCGUGUAUAUCAAACCUUAGUUGUGAUCUGUCUACCUUAUCUUCCAAUGCUCAUACCACUGACGACCGUAGUCAUCGGCGAACGUACCACCCCAUCCCGACCUUCGAGAACCAUAAAAAAUGUGAUGAAAGCUCAGAAAACAUGCACAAUUCGUUGACAGGCAGCUUCGACAGUUGCUAUUCCUCGAUAACAAACAAGAAAACACCCAGUAAAAGUAAACGCAAAGUAUCUGACAUCAACUUCAACGACGGUCCCAAGGUGGCACAACGACCUCUGGAGUUUCGUAAAGCUCAGAAGAAUGAAUUCGACGUCUUCAGAUUCCUCACAGGCACGUUGUCACGGUCUUUGGACAACAUCAGAGACUUUCUACCCGAGAAAAGGCCGACCCGUCUCAUCAGAAGGCUAUCCUUGAAGUGUCUCACCAACGAAGACCUCAAGCGGAUGGAGAACGAGAUGGCCAAGUGGCUGGCCAUGGCACCAAAGCCUAAGCCCAGGAAAAAGAAGACCAAAAGGAGGAAAAGAAUACAGUCUCAAGACGACACCUACUCCAAAACCUCUCCCGUACCAUCUUCGAGACACUUGUCCAUCUCUUCCCAAUCUACACAACGAUCGAAUGCCUCCAGGAAAGGACCUCAAUCUGCUAGAUUCGACUCUAGGUCGCACAGUAGACAAGUGGACAACUCCAUGGAGGAAAGUGUCCAUUCGUUCGAAAGUGACAUGCAGUCAAGGGCCAAUAGUAUGGAUUCGCAGAACUCUCAACGAUCUUUCAUCAUCGGCGCAUUCAGAGGCUCCAACAAGCAUCUCAUCCCGAAAGCCGAUGUCGAAACGGACGUGCGGAAGUUUGAUCAAGGUAUGUUGUGUAACAAAGACCUUAGAAUGCAUAAUCAAACAAUAAUACACACUCUCCUUUCGUUAUACUGCUUCACAUCCCCUAUAGUAUGCUACUACCCCUGUUCAGAUUAUAAAUUAGUUUUCAUUUCAGAUUCUCAACAGCACAUAAUCAGAGCCGAGCCUUUGUUUUACGAAGUCCGUGACGAUCUACGCUUUGGAAACAAACGAGAUCGAAGACACAUGAAAACAGACUCCAUUCAAGGGAUUCGCGGAUCCAUCAGCUUUCACAACGGAUGUCAAGUUAUAGACGAAGAGAUCAACUACACCUUGGCUCAGCCCGACCGAACAAAGCCAAUCCCGGGAAUCAUUGGAUAA